CGACAAAACAUCCCACCUCUUCUUUCAAGAUGUCGUCCUUCAAAGAUAUCGAUCCUCGAUUGCGGGACACGGCGUCAAACGCCUUCUCUCAGCAUGCGCACAACAAUGCGCCUUUCCAAACCCCUCUUGCCCCCUCGACUUCACGAUCACCUGUCGGCCCUCCUCAGCGGUUCGAUUCACCGAUCGGAAACCCCUACCUUCCUCAAACCCCACAAUCUGGCGGAAACGCUACCGAUCAUGAUGGAGGUAAUAGUCAAUCCGGCGGAGGAGCAGACGAUCCAAAGCGAACCCGCGCCUGCGAAGCAUGCCGAGGAUUGAAGGUGCGCUGUGAGCCAGACCCAAACAAUGGAGAUGGACCUUGUAAACGAUGUGCGAAGGCGAAUCGAAACUGUGUUGUUACCGUCCCCAAUCGUAAGAGACAAAAGAAGACGGACAGCCGUGUGGCAGAAUUGGAGAAGAAGAUUGAUGCCCUGACCCAAUCCCUUGCACAAAAGUCUGCAGGAAUUGCGCCUACAACAGCUGGACCUUUCCCUGAGCAACAAGGAAUGGGUGUCGAACCACGUCGCAACGCAUAUCAACAAGUAACCAACGGAGGAUUUGACUCUCUCUAUGCCAGUCGUCCUGAGGUCCGAGCAGAAGACUGGAGUUACCCUAAGGAACCAGAAUUUGUGGCUAGAAAGAACUCUGCCCCGCCUAUGGUUGUUGCCGGUCAAAAACGAAAGCAUUUAGAAACCAGAGAGUAUUCUUCGACUCCCGAGUCGUCUGCUCGUAAGCUUUCGGAAACUCCCAAUGGUUUCCUUGUGGAUACUGGCAACAAGCCUGCUCCGAACCACGAAUAUGCAGAUGUCAUCGACAGAGGAGUUCUGACAGCUGAUAUGGCCGCUAAGAUGUUCGAGUGUUAUAUUGAGAAGAUGGUCCCUCACAUGCCGGCUGUUGUCUUCCCAGCUGGUACGACAGCUGCCGAUGUUCGCAAGACAACACCUACCCUCUUCCUUGCUAUCCUCAGCGCAGCUUCCGGAUCGAAUUAUCCUGAGCUUCAACGCAUGUUGACCAAGGAGGUAAUGAGCAUUUAUGCUGAUCGUGUCAUCUGCAAUGGCGAGAAGACUCUUGAGUUGAUUCAAGCACUCCAUGUCAGCACUCUGUGGUAUUGGCCCCCGGAGCAUUUUGAGGAGCUUAAGUUUUACCAGCUCAUUCAUAUCGCUGCUGUCAUGGCUAUUGACAUUGGUAUGGGCAAGAAGAAUAAAUCUUCGAAGGCUCAGUCGUCUGCCGGCUUGUGGAGAGAUCAUCCUUGGCGUCGAACCCCUUACCCGGAUCCUGAAAGUAUCGAUGCUAGGAGAGCAUGGUUGGCCUGCUACUUUCUCUGCUGCAACGCGUCUAUGGGCUUGCGCAGACCAAACCUGAUUCGAUGGACUUCCUUCAUAGGCGAUUGUGUAGAAGUCCUGGAGACCUCACCCGAAGCAGCUCCCACUGACAAGAUCCUUUGUCAAUGGGUCAGGAGUCAACAUAUUGCUGAGGAAAUCGGUACUCGAUUCUCCAUGGAUGACCCUGGUGCCAGUGUUAGUAUCACUGACCAGAAUGUGCAAUAUGCUUUGAAGGGCUUCGAGUUGGACUUGGAAAAAUGGAGCAAGAACAUUCCUCCAGAGGUAGAAACACCAACGCUCAGGGUCACUGAGCAUGUAGUUAAUCUCUACAUGCAUGAAGUUGCGAUGCACGUUGAUCAUAACGUUGAGGAAUUUAAGCCACCUUUUACCGAGGAUAAUCUGCGAGGUAUGGGUGAUAAGGAUCAACCUAUACCACUCUCGAAUGCUCAUAUUAAAGCACUCUCGACUUGUUUGACCUCUAUCGACAGAAUAUUCGAGACCUUCCUGCAAUUCGACGUAGAGACGAUUCGCUGUCUUCCAGUAGCAAACUUCGUUAGGGUAGCAUAUGCUGUCGUCGUCCUGAUCAAGAUGUACUUCGCCGCUGCGCAGCCAAACAGCGAGCUCGGGCAAGUCAUUAACAAGGAUCAUAUGAAAGUCGAGCAGUACUUGGAUGGUUUAGUCGGAAUAUUCAGAGCAUCUGCCGCAGAAGAGAAAUCUCGACCCUCUGGCAAAUUCUUAAUGGUUCUACUUAUGUUGAAGACUUGGUUUCAUCGCCAACGCGGUCCCCCAGGUUCGGUCAAUGAGUCUGCAAAAAAUACUGGGAAGCAAGGCGAAUCUUCCGCAAAGUCAUCAGAUGCAGCUCAACCAUCCGCUCCCGAACAACGCAACGGUCAACAAUCUGGCUAUAGCCCUGCCAAUACGCCCCUUCAAUUACUUAGUGAAGUUGCAACCGGUAACUCUGGCGGUCAAUCUCGAUCUGAUACCAUGGCAAAUUACCCAGGUGGAAACAAUGAUUGGCAACCUACACCAACCCAAGUGAGCUACCAAAAUUACCCUCCUAUGAACAUGUUCGGAAUGUACGGCACAGGUGGACCUCCAAGCUUCGAUCCUCAAACUGGACUUGAUUAUGGAUACACCAUUGGUGAUGGCGUCGAGCAAGCUAUGGGUAUGCCGCCUGGACUUGGUGAUUUUGGCACUAUCUUCAAUGAUGAUGCUUUCUUCUCCGGGAUCAUGGACUCUGUUGGUCAAGGUAUUUCUUUCGAAGGACUUUGAGUGGCAGUUCCGGUGGCAUAAGUUUCUUGCGCUCUCCUGUGAGCAGAUUCGGUGGUAACGGUUUGCUUCUUAUGGGCAACACCUUAUUGUAAGAUAGAUUUCGUGACUAGCUGGCACAUGGCUUGCCAUUCUAGCUAGUGACCCAGAUACAUACCGACAUCAUGGUCGAUGACAAAAUAAAUUAAUGCGAUGCCUUCACC